AUGAUUAAUAACGGUUUAGCAAGGUACGACCACAGACGUCGAAAAGUGGAAAAUACCAUGCCAUGGCUGAAUAGUUUCUCUCCUCAAGAUAAAUCAAAGUUUAGCAUAUUAAAUCACACUCAGGCGUGUGGUUAUUUUUACAUAAGCAUUGGAUUUAUUUCAUGUAUCACAAAUAACUUCUGUUAUUGCUUACUUACUAAAUCAACGUUCACUAACUUAAUUUUUUUGGAAAACUGUUAUAGCAACAAAUGUGUUCUUUGUAAAUGUUCAAAAAAUUAUUGUUUAAUUGUUAGUAGAUUACUAUUUAAUCACUUGCUAAUUAUUAGUGAUUUGCUUCCAAAUUCACUCAAAUUUGCCUUCUCGAAUUCACUUCUGUUGAUUUGUAGAUGUUAG